UUUUCUCUGAGGUUGCUUUCUCCAAACUCAACCCUGAGCUUAUAACCUUUGACAUCCUCCUCCGAGUUCUCGUCACCUCGUUCCAUUCCACCUCCGAUUCAGCCAUGGCCACCGCGCAAAGCUCGACGCCAUCGUUCUUCAACUUCCUAAAGGAAGGCCUGCUACUCCCUACCCACAACAGGAGGCUCUUCGCUGCGGUCUUUGCCAUCAUCGUCGCCUCCAGCUCUCUGCUCCUACUCGGCAACGACCUCGCCGUCCAGCCCAUCUCCGAUGAGAUCCGCAUCGACGCCAUGGCGCUCAACGGCACCGACCCCAGCAGCCCAGAAUUCCUUCACCUCAUCCAAGAGAUCCAGGAGGACACCCGGAAGCUCUUGAUCACCGGCGCGGUCUAUCUCCUAGUUGCCGUUGUCAUUGGAUCUCUCAUCCGGAUCCUCCUCCAAUUCGCUGCGGUGGCGACGUACUCCGGCGAGCUGCACACCUUCGCGUCGCUCCUCGGCAAAGCAAAGGCGCAGCUGAAAGGCCCCCUACUGACGCUCGCCUUCGUCUACGCGCUGGAGAUCGCCUACACCGCGUUUCUCACGGUCAUGGCUGGGAUCCUCCUCACCUUCGUCCUCGUGAUUAAGCAAUACCUCGCCUUGGUCUUCGUAGGCGCGCUGCUAGCCAUCGUCGCGGUCGUAUUCCUCGUAUACUUCUUCUUCGUGUGCUCCCUGAGCAUCAUCGUGGCAGUCGCCGAGCCCGAUUGCCACGGCGCCGGCGCAGUCGGGCGGGCCUGGCGGCUGAUGAAGGGGAAGCUCCUACGGGCCGUGGUUUUCAUCUUGGUGACUGUCGUGCUCGCUGCCGCCAUCUGGCCCGUGUACAAUCUAGCCAAGACGUGCGCCCUUAGUAACAUGGCGUCAGGGUUGCUCCUGGGGUUUCUCUACACUAUCCUGAUGGCCGCCGUGCAGGUGUUUGAGGUCUGCGCCAUGACCGCGUUCUACUACGAGUGCAAGGAGAGCACCGAGGCAUCAGCGACGAAGUACGUCAAGGUGUCUACCAAAGAGUCGAUAAAUGUUUGAUUUAUCUCUGCACUGUGCAUGUAAUCAUAUGUUAAUAUCAAAGUUACUUGGCUAUGUAAUAUGCUAUUAUUACCUUCUCAUUUGAGAAUUUACUACGUGGAUGUGAUGCACAAAAAAAUAAGUGCAGCUUUUUUCUUUCUGGUGGGAAAAAAAGGCCAUGAAUAUACAAUAGCAGGACUUAUACGAGGCAACAAAAUAUGUCCUCGAGUUCUAGCUAGUUGAAAUA